CGAAUAAUGGAGAAUAGAGAAUUUGAGGAAUUAAGUGCUAAUUCUAAAAAAUCUGAUAGACAUAAAUCAACUCCAAUAUAAGCAUAUUUUAACUUUGUGAAAUCUAAUUUAGGGAUCGGUAUAUGAUUUUAAAACAAAAUUUUGCAGGAGCUAUUGUAUUACCUUUUGUAACAUAUUCUGUUGGAUGGUUUUGGUCAAUAUUUUUAUUUUUACCAGUUGCUUUUAGUUGUGUUUAGUUAUAUAUUCUAAUAUUUUAGAUCAAGUAUUUUAUUGAUUGCAGUAGCUGAUCAUUUAGCAGUAGAUAAAAUUUUAUAUGCAGAUGUUAUUCGAAUAACUUUGGGACUAAAAUGGGCAUUUUCUUUAGAUAUAGCAAUUGUAUUACAAUUGGUUGGAAUAUGCAUAGCCUAUUUAAUAUUUUUGACUGAAUCUGUUACAUAAUCAUUAUUAUCAAUUGGAGUCGAAUUUGAAAAAUGGCAAUCAUUAUGUAUGACAUUGAUAAUCAUUUUUCCUUUAUCUUAUAUAAAGAACAUUCAUUUCUUUCACUUAACUAGUAAAUAUGGUUUCUAUGCUGCUCUAUUGGGUUUUUUAGUAGUACUUUAUGAUUGCUACUUAAGGUUCUCUUAAGGAUUAUACAGUUUUGAGAAUUCUGUAAAUAUUAGAAGUAAAAUAUUAAAUUUUUUAUUUUAAGAUUCCUUUCAUUAUGUAGGUGUUGCAAUCCUUUGUUGUGAAGGCAUAUUAACCAUUCUACCAAUUAGAGAUAGUAUGGUUAAUAAAUUAGAUUUUAAAAUGGUUGCAAUAAAUAGUAUGGCUACUGCAUUUGGAAUAUCUAUUUUUAUUGCUUUAAUUGCUGUUCCAAUUUAUUAAACAGAUAUUAAACCAAUUCUAAUUUUCAAUUUAGAAGUAAUUAUUAAUAAUUAAAAAGAAUCCUUAUCUACAAUUUAUUUCAAUUGUAUUUUAUUCUAUAAGUUUAUUGUUAACAUAUCCUUUGUAAUUAUUUCCAGCUGUUUAAAUAAUUGAAAGAAUGAUUUUAGAAAAACAAUCUUAUCAAGAAGUUUAAUAAUAUUAACCAUAAAUAAAUGAAUUUGAAAAUAAUUAAAUUUAAAAUGAUAGUGAAAAUGCUAUGUUUGCAGAUACAAAAAUUCAAAUUAUAAUAAGAACUUUUGCAAUGAUAUGUAUAUAUUUUAUUGCAUACUAUGUUCCACAUUUAUCUCAUUUUCUAAAUUUUAUGGGAAGCAUUUUUGGAUCUUUAUUAUAAGUAAAAUAGAUUUAUUAAUUUAGUUUUGUUUCCCUGUGCUAGCACAUAUGAUACAUUUUAAAAAAACAUCUGAACCUUAACCAAAAUUAACAUAUACAUUUGUUUUAAUAGUAGCAAUAUUAGCUAUGGUAUUAGGAACAAUAGAAUCCUUAAGAGCUAUGUUAUGA